UGAUUUCUGUCAGUGUAAAGUCCCGGCUGAACAUCCCCGGAGCCUCCCUCUCUGUACCGAGAACAGAAAGUGAAAACCUGUGGAGAAAACUGCAGAAAGAGCAGGGAAGAUGAGCACCGGAACGGGCAUUGAUUACAGCGCCUGGGAUCACGUGUACGUGUCGGACGAUGAAGACGUGACCAGUCCGUACGUGGACACGCCGAGCCUGUACAGGAUGAGACACCGGGUCAGAAUCUCGUAGUAGCUGUGGUGUUUGUUAUCUGGUUAGUUCUACCAGUAGACGUGAGUAGUACACAAACAACUGAGGAGCCGAUGCACUGACACGACACCAACAGGCCCGUCUGGAGAGGAUGGUCGAGUUUCAGCAGAGAGGGGAAGACCUGGAGAACAACAUAUCAGAGUGCAAGAGGUUAUUAGAGGCAGCCCAGGGACGACUCAAAGAGCUGGAAGAUGGAGAGAAAGAGGGAGAGGAGGAUGAGGAGGGACAGGCUGAGCUGAAGAAUGUCCAGGCCGAGGUGAAAAAACUGAAGAAGGAUGAAAAGUCAUUUCAGAAAAUGUUCGAAGAAUACCAGCGAGAAAAAAAGAGACUGCCCUGGGACGUUGACAAUAUCAGCAAAGACGGUUUCAGUAAGAGUGUACUCAACAUCAAGCCUCUAACAAAGGAGGAAACGGAGAAGGAAAAGGUGGAGAAGCACAAGACCUUUGUGGAGAAGUAUGCCAAGGAAAUCAAACACUUUGGAAUGCUGCGGCGCUGGGACGACAGUCAGAAGUAUCUGUUAGACAAUCCUCAUCUGGUGUGCGAGGAGACGGCUAACUGCCUCGCUGUCAUCUGUAUGGACUUUGAGAUAGAUGAGAAACAUGCUCUGAUGGAGCAGGUGGCCCACCAGACCAUCGUCAUGCAGUUCAUCCUGGAUCUGGCCCGGACGCUUAAAGUCGACGCGAGAGGCUGCUUCAGAGAAUUCUUCUCAAAGAUCAAGACUGCAGACAAGCCGUACCAGGACGCGUUCGACCAGGAGCUGGAUAUGCUGAAGGAGCGGAUCCGCCGCUGUGCUCGGGCUCGGAUGGAGAACACGAUGAAGGAGCUGGAGGAAGAAGAGAGGCAGAAGAGACUCGGACCCGGUGGUUUAGACCCCGUGGAGGUCUACGAAUCACUGCCAAAGGAAGUCCAGAAGAGCUUUGAUGAGAAGAACAUCCAUUUGUUGCAGGAAGCUAUGAGCAGACUGGACUUUGAGGAAGGAAAAUACCACCUCAGGAGAUGUAUUGACUCUGGACUCUGGGUGCCUGAAUCACGGGAGGGUGACGAUGAAGAAGAGGAUGAAGAGGAAGAUGAUGAGGAAGAAGAUUCAUAAAAGAAGGAAAAACAUACCUUGUUUGAUGACAAUCAUGCUUUGUAUAUCAAACAUAAUGGAUGCAUACCGUAUGAAAUAUGGGUCACAUGACUAAAAUAAGGAAGAUUUGAAGUGAAAGACAAACAAAUUUACUUCUUCUUUUUCCAAUUUGAACUUGAUGCAACCAAGUUAACAAAAAACUCUAAAGAAGUAGUUUCUUUUUUAGUCAAGUUUUAUCUGAUUUGAUGUUGCAGGCGUUUGACUCUGUCUCUUCACAUCUCUGAAGGUGACGAUAACAGCUUGAAAGAUCAGUUAACAGAAGAGCCACAGACUCAUCUGGCUUUUGAGGGUAACACAAAUACAGACCUGAGGAGAAGCUGCAACAACUGAGACAUUGGCUUAACCAUCUGAGAUAUGAGAAACUAAAAAAAAACACUUAAAAAAAUCGUCAAAAUGACUUUUAAAAAAGACUGCUUUAUGUUUAAACUAGAUGUAGCAGCACAGAUGAAACUAUCCGCUUGCAUCUGUUGUCAUACUGCGGUCAACAGCACCAUCUCAUGUCUGCUUUGGGACAGACAUCCCAUAAACUACAUCAGCAUCAUGUAAGUCAAACACCAGUUCAUCUAGUUUCCUCACUUUAUUCAGGUUUUAUUCUGGCAAACAGUUUGAUUAAAAAAAACAGAAAAUGUUUAAAAACCUUCAGCUAGAAAGUUGUUAUUAUUUCUGUGUGAAAAAAGGAGGAAAUUAUUGUAAUUAUUAUCAAGGUAGUUGCAGAUUAAUCUCCUGUCAAUGGCUAAUAAAUAGUUUAAGAAUUGUCUCAACUCUUCCAGUACAUUUGUUUGAAUGUAUUUUAACUUUGCUGCUUUCUCAUGUGACAUUUGUUGUAAUUGUCGUCUAAUGUUUUCAACUAGAGGUUUUAUUUUGUAUUUACUUCCUCAUUUGUUAGACUGUAUAUUUAAUGUGUUGUAGAUGUGUAAAAUAAA